AUGGCGUCGGGGUUUCUGCUGAUUCUGGGGCUGGUUUUAGGCCCAAACCUGGUCUCCAGUUGCUCAGACCAGGAGUUCUCCUGCCCUACGGGGCUCUGCGUGGCCCGGGACCGCCUGUGCGACUUUACGGACGACUGCGGAGACGGAAGCGACGAGAAAAACUGCUCUGCGUACACUCGGUGUGAUUUCGAGGAUGGUUUCUGUGACCUGAUCCAGACCUCGGAGCCCCCCUCCGGAUGGACCCGGACCACCCAGGCUGCGGGCCUUCAGCAGGACCACAGGAACGCCUCAGCUCAUUUCCUGUCCCUGUCGGAUGUGGGAACUGCAGAGCUGAGCAGCCCCCCCCCUCCGGCCCACCCACAGCUGCCAGAUGAGGUUCUACCACUACGUGGGGACCCCGCGGGGGGGUCUGGUGAGGACCCGUCCCCCCCCCCGCCGGCCUGUCCCCCGUCCUGGUUUUCCUGUGGUGGAGGGAGAUGCAUCGAGGAGAGAAAAGUCUGUGACUUCACCCCACACUGUCCCCACGGAGAGGACGAGCUGAGCUGCCCCUCUGGCUGUGACUUUGAGCGGGGCUCCUGCGGCUGGUACGAGUUCACCCACGGCGACGGCUUCGACUGGGUGAGGGGAACGUCUGCAGAGAUCCCCCCGGACUAUUUCCACCACCCGCCGCUGCCGGACCACUCCACCAACAGCACCCAGGGUCACUUCAUGUUUAUCCUGAAGAACAGCAGCAGCCUGUACCCCAAAGCGGUUCUCCGGGGACCCUGGUUCCAGCAGGCGGCCUCCGGCUGCACCAUGACCUUCUGGCACUACAACUCGGGCAUCUCGGUGGGGGCGGCGGACAUGUACCUCCGGAUCGACGGGGUGAGGAACAGCACGGUGAUCUGGACCUCGCUGUACGACCAGGGCCGGCGCUGGAACCGGGUCCGGGUCCAGUUGGGCCGCAUCACCCGGCCCUUCCAGAUCGCGCUGGCCAAAAUCAGCCUGGGCGUGUUCGACGGCGUCUCCGCCCUGGACGACGUGGCCUUCGAGGGCUGCUCGUUGCCCCCGGCGACGGAGGCCUGCCCCGUGCUCACGCACUUCCACUGCGCGCGCAGCCGGGCCUGCGUGGAGCGCCUGAGGGUCUGCGACCUGGUGGACGACUGCGGGGACGGGUCGGACGAGGAGGGGUGCUCUCCGGACCUGCAGUGCGACUUUGAGUCGGGUUUCUGCGGGUGGAUGCAGGAGGUGGGCGGGGCCGACGCCUUCGACUGGACCCUGACCUCGGGGCCCACGCCCACCCUGAACACGGGCCCCUGGAAGGACCACACGCUGGGCACCCGGCACGGCCACUACCUGUUCGUGGAGUCCUCCCUGCCCCAGGAGUUCCGGGACACGGCCCUGCUCCUGAGCCCCGUGACCCCGCCCCCCCCAAUGGCCCCCCGCCGCCGAUGCGUUUUCCGCUUCCACUACUGCAUGUCCGGGCCCCACGUCUUCAGCCUGGCCGUGUACCUGAGGACCACGGCGGCGGGCCGGGGGUCCAUGAUCUGGGCCGGGUACGGGGACCAGGGGAACCUCUGGCACAGGAAGACCCUCUACCUACACAGCGCUCGGCCCUUUCAGAUUUUGAUUGAGGGGACGGUUGGAGAUGAUUUCCUGGGAGACAUUGCCAUUGAUGACCUUUCCUUCCUGGACUGUGAAAGACUAGAUGGGGAGCUUCCAUCUCUGAUCGCCCCCGCAGUGACCACCCCGGCCCCCACAGUGGUGCCCAGCAGCUGCCCCCAGGGGCAGUUUGUGUGUGCGACCCCCGGGGAGUGCGUCCCCCUCAGCCAGGUGUGCGACUUCAGGCGCGACUGCUCCGAUGGGCUGGACGAAAGCAGCUGCGUGAAGGAGCGCUGCGAUUUCGAAGGUGGCGACACUUGUGGUUGGACGGUCGUCCAGCCCCUUUCAGCCUCCGGCCAGGCCUUUCGCUGGGCGGCCGACCAGGGGGAGAGCAUCCACAACGGGGAGCAGGACUUCCGUCCCGCCAACGAUCACACCCUCAACAGCCCUGAGGGGUGGUACCUGUUCGCCGACAGUUCAAACGGCCACUACGGUCAGCCCAGCGACCUGCAGACGCCCCUCAUCUCCUCCACCGGCCCGCUGUGCACCCUGGUCUUCUGGUACCACAUGAACGGGUUCACCGUGGGAACCCUUCAGGUGCUGCUGAGGCGGGGAAACGCCACCCACCUGGUGUGGUCGCAGACUGGUAACCAAGGCAACAAAUGGAGACAAGGAAAGGUGUUUUUGGGGUUAUCGCUCAACAUCCAGGUGGUGUUCCGGGCUAAACGGGGCAUCAGCUACAUGGGCGAUGUGGUGAUGGAUGAUGUCAGCUUCCUGGAUUGCGCCCCUCCCCCUCCUCCCCCCCCUCCCCCAUCAGGGAGGGUGUGCACACCUGAGCAGUUCGCCUGCACCAACGGCCACUGCGUCCCCCAGGAGCACCUGUGUGACUUCACCAAUCACUGCGGGGACGGGUCGGACGAGGACCCCUACAUCUGCAAGGGAUUCGGCGCGCGCUGUGAUUUCGAGUUCGACCUCUGCUCCUGGCGGCAGUCCCCGGAGGACGACUUCAACUGGCUGAUCAAAGCCGGCAGCACUCCCACGUUCGGGACGGGGCCGUCCACCGACCACACGCUGAGGGACCCCUCGGGACACUACCUGUACCUGGAGAGCUCCUUUCCCCAGAAGGCCGGCGACGCCGCCCGGGUGGUCGGACCCUUACUGAGCAGCAGGAGCUCGCAGUGCACGAUGCGUUUCUAUCUCCACAUGUCUGGGGACGGUAUCGGGACCCUGAGCGUUUUCACCCAAACCAAAGGCGGGCUCCACCUCCGGCUGAACCUGACCGGAGAUCAGGGAAACUUCUGGCAGAUGAAGGAGCUCCCGCUCAGCAGCCCCGAGGACUUCCGGGUGCUGCUGGAGGGCCGGGUGGGCCGAACCGAGAAGGGCGACAUCUGCCUGGACGACAUCAGCUUCUCCCCCGGGUGCCUUCUGGCCCCUUUAGCCACCAACACAGACACCAGCCUCUCUCCUACUGCAGGUUUUCUCUCUCGAGACUUAUUGGGUACAUCAUAA